ACUUCAAUAGGUACGAAUUAUGAAGACGGCAAGUUCAGUGACUAAUAGGCGUAUUCUAUUAUAUACUGAAUAAGAUUGCCAUUCACCCUUCAAUUAUUCAUCAGUUAUAGUAUUUUAAAGUUUGCAAGUGCGCAACUCGUAGUUCGUACUCCAAACCGCCGAAAUCUGCGUGGAUUGCAUCAUUUAACAACAAUAAUAACAAUAUAUAUGACUGUAGCUUUCGCGUAUUUUACUGAUAAGCCGAUAAAACAACAACAGAAUAAUAUUGUAUUAUAGUUGAAGUCGUUUAAGAGGAUUGGCUGCUCUCACGUCUCGCCCGCCCAAUCUUUCCGGCCUACAGUACUGUUAAUUGCUAACCGUUUGCGCGUGUGUCCGUUACGAGUGUUUACAAUUAUUGUUUGAUGAGUUAAAUUAAAUUUUCUCUAACGCAGACAAAGCGGCAUCUCAGUUUUUCGCGGUUUUUCUUUGUCCCUUCGUUUUGCAAACGUCCGCUAGUCAGGACUUUCGUUUUUUUUUAGUAGUUAAUCGACGGUAUAUCCGCGGACAACACUAUCACCUUCACCACCACGCGUGCAACACAAUUAUUUUAGCUAUGGCCGAUCAAAAACCAAAUGAGAAUCAAAAUUCUGAAUUUUGUAAGCCCAAGGAUCCCAAAGAUGUUGAAAAAGCUCAAGAAGAGUGUAUGAAGAAACAGUAUCAAAUGAAAUCAAAUUGGCCUCCAGUCAGUGGUCAUUCUGCCCUCCUCCAAAAACGUUUAGCCAAAGGGCAAAAAUUUUUUGACUCUGGUGAUUAUCAAAUGGCCAAACAGGCAGGUAAUGGUAAUAAGUUGAUUAAUAAUCGUCCUGUGCAACAAGUAUUGGGUUUUGGUACUGGAGAUACCAUACCCACACCAGACACAGUUCCGGCGCGCAAGACGUCCAUCAUUCAGCCAAAAUUUAACUCAAGUUCCACUCCAUCAUCCACUACGUGAUUUGUGUGUUUAAUGGGUUAUUAAUAUUUAUUUACAUUUAUUUUAUUCAGUAAUUUAGUUCAAUCAAAUGUUAAUCAUUUUAAUUUUGUUAAUGUUAUGACUUGUGGCCCAUGGAAUAAACAAAAAUGGCCAUUUGAUUAAGCUAUUUUUUUUUUUUUUAAUAAAUUUAUCUUUAAUAAGUAUUGAAUUAUAUGUAUUAUUUAUUGCAUUAUAUUUCAAUUCUAUCUUAACGCUCAUAAUAAAGCAUUUUUUCCAACAAAGUACUUAUGAUUUUUUAAAUUAUUGUUAUUGGAUAUGUGAGCACAUUAAUUUGAAAAUGUUGCUUUAAUCUGUAACUGUAGUGUUUAGAUGUGUUAUUUUUAAUGGGUUAUGAACAUAGGCACAAAUAGUGAGUGGCUUAGCCGCCCUCCCUCCCCCCCCCAAAAAAAAAAAA